AUUGCCUGUCUUCGAUUGGACAGCUCAGCGUCGCCAUGCCAACACAUCUCUGCGUGACAGCUAAGCCGCCUCGUAAGCUGCUGAACCAUCGCGAGUAACCCCCUUAAAGCUCCUCAAAAAGACAGUAGCCAAUCACAACUCACAUGCUGGAGUCACCUGUCCUCUGGUUUACCGCGAGAUACCGUCUUUAAGCUCAUGAUGCAUGUGAUCAGCUCCGUCUUCUUACGCUCCAUCUUCAUUAUCUGGUCUUGGUCAUCGCUCGUCUCCAGGCUGCAGGUAUUCUGAUCUUCCUCUAAGCACCUGUGAUUAGUCAACGCCGCCUCCUCUCGCGCCUCGCGCAGUGUUCAUCAGUCGUUCAUAGUUGCUCGUGCCAAGACUGAGCACAUCAGAAUCUGAAAGGCACCUUACGGAGAACAGUCGCCGUUGAACUGAUGACGAAGACGCCAAGCACCAUUGAAGCUAAUUGCAGCUAGGCCCAAGCCUGGUGGUAUACCUACAAAUCUUGGUUUUCCAGUUUUGUUUGACUUCAUUCUGCUCUGACAAGAACGAGGUGUUUCAAAGCGGAGCGAUUUAAGCGAAAGGACAAAUCUGCUGUACAGUUGACGAUGUCAUCGAAGGAUGUUUAAUGAAACACUUCGAGCUUGUACCACGGCGUGCAGUGGCAAAUGACGAACUGUGCAUCGAAGCCUUAACGACGUAUAGAUCCGUGUGACAGAUCUGCGGGCUUCACAAGUCCAGGUGUUUUGUGUACUUCUAAGUCGUCGGAGACAUCCCAUGGUCAGAGAUAAUUGUGACAGAGCCAUCAGAUUGUGUUUUCUCCACUGUACUAGAAUCAUCGCCCUCCCCGGUCGUGUAUCUGGAGGAUCCUACUCUUCCAGCUGAGCUGGCCGGAUAAUUGACCUGCUAUACUACGAACGGGAAAGACAUGUUUUCCCUGCAGUUGGAAGCAAAUGCACGUCUUUCGUGCUGGCCGUCCUCCUGCCGUAGAAACUCUCCGAGUGGGUUUCAUCUUUGAAGAUCUGGUAAACAGUGUGUGACCUACUUUUCGAGGAGGAGAGCGGUGGUGGGCUGGGACGGAGCAGAGGGCGAUCAUAGAGUGCGUGAUUGUGCGUCUACGGUGCGGCACGCGCUCCGCUAGUAUCGUGUUCCCGUGUCAUUGUUGAAAGCGUUUUAUCGUAAGAUGGAGGGAUGCUUUGUCGCCGAUGGCAACAGGACGGAAUACUACAAUGAGAAAUCACCGCUAAAGUUGAGGAUCUUACAGGUGAAGAACGAUAUCGGGUGUCAUUUGUGAGAACUGCAACAUAGGUAUUGUAAUUUGAGGUGUUAUUUUGGAGGAGUGUUUUUGGAAAGGAUUAUUUUGGACCAGAGAGCAGCAUGGGGAAGUUUGCGUUGCUGAUGCUGGUACCUUCAUUACUGUGCUUUAUUUGUGUUGGGUCUGAUGACCACGAGGAUAUUGUCUUAGGACUCUUGCUGCCGUUCAGCGGGCAGUGGCCGGUAGGCAGGUACAUUGCCGGUGCUAUGACCGUGGCGGUAGACAACAUCAACCGGGAUCCGAACCUCCUGCUUGGCCGCAACUUGACCUUCAUCUGGAACGACACCCGAUGCGUUGGCAAAGUCGGGCUGUACGAAGCCGUCAACUUGUGGCUGAAUGUCCGACGGCUGCACGCCUUUAUCGGCGGCGGCUGCGACGUGGUAUGCGAGCCGGUCGGCCUGCUGGCCUCGGCCUGGAACCUUCCCAUGAUCUCCUGGGGCUGCUCCAGCCUGCAGCUGUCUAACAAGGACGACUACAACACCUUCACGCGGACGGUGGGGCCCUACACCAAGAUGGCGCCCAUGUUCAGCCGGAUCAUGAGCAGUUACGGCUGGGGGCGGGCUGUCAUUCUGACCUCUAGUGAGAACGUUUGGCAGACGACCUCCUACGCUGUUAAGCUAGACCUAGAAAGUAACGGCUUCACUGUCAGCAAUUUUGUUACCUUCAGCCCGGGGCACGAGAAUAUCAGCGGCAGGGAACAGAAACAGCACGUGGACAUUAUCAAAGAUGCUAAAGAAUCAGCACGGAUUUUCAUGCUAUUCGCCUACGGGGGCGACAUCCGCGACCUGAUGCUGAACGCCUUAGACCUGGGCCUUCUCAACGGCGAGUUCGCCUUCAUCUGCGUGGAUGUGGUGGAGGACGCCAUGUACGGCCGCAACACCUGGAUGGGCGAGGACGGGCGGGACGCCGACGCCGCUCAGGCCUUCGACGGCCUGCUGAACAUCCACAUCAAGACGCCUGACGUGGACACGUACGAGGGCUUCAAGGCGGAGGUGCGGCGGUGGGUAGCAGAGGAGCCUUUCAACAGAGCCAUGAAACCCGAAGAAAAGGUGGACGUGCACGCGGGUCCAUUGUAUGACGCAGUUUGGCUGUACGCCUUAGCCCUUAACGAUGUGAUCGCAGAGGGAGGAGACGAGUAUGAUGGAAAAGCCGUCGCCAAGAAGAUGAGGAACACAAAAUUUGAAGGUGUGGACGGCAACGUGACUAUCGACCAGAACGGCGACCGGGACCCCGACUACGCCUUGCAGGACCUCCACAACAGAAAUUUUGUGGACUAUGCCAACUACAACCACGAGACCAAACAACUGAUCUUCCGCGACGACUUCAGCCCGACAUGGCCCGGGGGCGGCACAGUGCCACCGACCGGGGAGCCUGAGUGCGGCUGGGAUAACGAAUUCUGUCAGACAAAUACCGUUGCCAUAGUUAUCGGUGUGUCCUGCAGCCUUGUCGUUUUGGCCAUAAUAGCUGGAUGUGUCACAGGAUAUUUCUACAGGCGAGUCAAACGGGAAGCCGAGUUGCAGUCGAUCAACCUAUGGCGAGUGAAUUUUGAGGACGUGGUGUUCGACACCAAGAAGACUUUGUCAAUCUACUCUGCAGGAUCACAGUCGAAUGGACGGUGUUCCAUGGGGAGCAAUAAUCGGCUGUCUGGGGGACGUAGCACGGCGGCAUCCACCCAAACUGACAUACAGAGAUUCUGCGAGUAUGCCUUGUACAAGGGCUACAUAGUCGCGAUCAAGAACGUCAGGAAAAAGAGCAUAACACUGAGCAGAGAACAACUAAUUGAAAUAUCAACGGUGAGAAAUCUCAAGCACGAGAACAUUAACCCAUUCAUUGGUGCCUGCAUCGACCAGCCCAACAUCUGUAUCUUGAUGGAGUACUGUCAUAAAGGCAGCUUACAGGAUGUGUUGGAAAAUGAUGAUAUAAAAUUGGAUGAUAACUUCAAACUCUCCUUUUCCAUGGACAUCUGUAAGGGAGUCCAGUACCUGUUCAGCACAACGCUGAGAUCCCACGGCAGACUGAAGUCUUCCAACGUCUUGAUCGACAAGCGAUGGACCUGCAAGCUGACGGACUACGGGCUGGCACUGUUCAAGAGCGGCCAGACUGACGUCUACGAGGAUAUAGAGCAUGACGUGUACAAAGCUUCACUUUGGACAGCACCCGAGCUGUUGAGAUGUCCCCCGGCUGUAUCCAACGGGACGCCAGAGGGCGACAUUUACUCCCUCGGUAUCAUUCUCCAGGAGAUCGUUAUGCGGGGUGGGCCGUACUGCACGCAGGCGCUAGAACCAAAAGAAAUUGUGACGGCGGUCAAGAUGGGUGCGCGACCGGUCUUCCGUCCCGUGGUGCCCCGGGAUGCCUGCCCAUCUCAGAUGAUGGAGUUGAUGGAGUCUUGUUGGGCCGAGAAGCCGACAGACCGGCCCAGCAUCUCCAGGGUCAAAUCAACCAUCCAGAAACUCUCAGGCGGCAAGGCGCAGAAUCUGGUGGACAACAUGAUCGGGAUGAUGGAGAAAUACGCGGACCACCUGGAGGAAUUGGUGAACGAGAGAACGCAGCAACUGGAGGAUGAGAAGAAGAAGACGGAUCAGCUGCUGCAUCAGAUGUUACCAAGGUCGGUAGCGGCUCAGCUGAAACGCGGCGACCUAGUGACGGCGGAACAAUACGAGCAGGUUACCGUGUAUUUCAGCGAUAUCGUGGGCUUCACACGGCUAGCAUCAGAGAGCACUCCCUUCCAGGUUGUGGAACUUUUGAACGAUCUGUACACUCUUUUCGACGACACGAUUGAUAACUACGACAUUUAUAAGGUAGAGACUAUAGGUGACGCCUACAUGGUAGCGUCGGGCGUACCGGAGCGUAACGGCAAUCGGCACGCGGCCGAGAUCAGCAGCCUGGCCCUUGACCUCCUCAGCUCCGUUAAAUCCUUCAGGAUCAGGCACCGGCCACACCAGCAGCUCCAACUGCGAACCGGCGUGCAUACGGGUCCAGUAGUAGCUGGCGUCGUUGGUCAAAAGAUGCCUCGCUUUUGUCUCUUCGGGGACACCGUUAACACUGCGUCCCGUAUGGAGUCAAAUGGACUAGCCUUGCGCAUUCACAUCAGCACGAGCACGCGUGACGUCCUGGAUCAGAUCGGCGGGUUCAAGAUAGAGUUACGGGGAGAGAUCAACGUUAAGGGCAAAGCUCCGAUGACGACAUAUUGGCUCAUAGGGAAGGACAAAUCGGAUUACGACUUACCGGACCUGUGCCUUGCCGCCAGCCCGAGUGAUCAAAGCGACCUGACAGAUGAACUGCCGGGAGCCGUGACCGCUGACACGGUCGAGGCCUGAAGGUUUGCACAGACUGGAAGCCCGAUAUACUUAUGAGGACAGGAAAGCCAUAAAAGGCUUCGGAAACCGUGUUGGUUUCAUGCGUCUUGCCGAUGCUCAUCCUUCCAAUAUUUGCCCAGUACUCCAGUAAGUGUACAUACGGAAAGUAAUGCCGAAUGUGCACCAGUAACAGUGGAGCUUGCUUAUCAUGCUGACAUCCUGCCACAAUCAGUUAUGAUGGGUAGGGCUGCAGCCAUUUCCCUCGGUCCUGUGCAAGUUCUUGUGCAUUAUCCAUAUAGAUGCCCAUCUUCGUAAGAACCUCCUUUACGUGGUCAAACCAUCUUUUCCUUGGAGCCCCUCUGGGUCUUUUGCCUACGACUUGCCCUCUAAUUAUCAAGUUCGGGUAUCUUUCAGAAUGCUUUCUCAGAGCAUGCCCUUACCAUGUAAGUUUGCGCUUGUUGAUUAUAUCGCUGACCAGAUAUUGCUGAGCAUUACUAAGAAUGUCUUGAUUUGUGACUCAGAUAGGGAAAAUAAAAGCAAUGGCGGUCAUUCCCGCUGCCAUUGCUUGUUAUUCUACCUGCUUUUUUGUGUGCAAAAGGACAAAUCUGCAAUAGCCCUGUAGCCAAAUAUCUUUCUUAGGAAAUACUCGGUCUGUGUGCCAAAUACCAUGCUUGUUUCAUCAAAGGCACAAUCCCCGCACCUAUCUGCCGCACUAUAAGUAUUUUGAUAUAGUUGACCUCAAAUUGAGGUCAUGACGACAAACGAUAGACUGUCUGCUCUCUGACUCUAUAAUAUGAGUGUGAUGAGUCGGUGUUCGGACGGGAUGUGCUAACUACGGUAAAUGGAAGAUUUGAACUUUAUACGCGGCAUUCCAAGCCACAUUAACACGUGAUACACUGCGAAAACUGCAGUGUUAAAUUUACACCAUUGGUAUCUAUAUAGGACCAUCUGGUGUUAAUUUUACUGGUGUUGUCCUUUAUAGAUACCGAAUGGUGUUAAAUUAACACUACAGUUUUUGCAGUGUAGUGGGAAACAUAGAUGAUCCGAAAAUUAAUAUUCUGACACAUGCGACGCAUUAUGGGUAGCCCCAGGCCUAACUGUAUCUUGCCAUGAAGUGAACGAGAUGUCGAUCAUUUUGAGCUGAACGAACAUGCUGAAAUCAUUGGCUCCCGGUCAAAUGAAUUGUUUUGUCAUUGACUGGCGCCCUCUAUCGAGAACUUUGCAAUUUUAAUGAAAUGCUAUUCAGAGGGCAAAAUAUUUUGAAAACCAAUUCACAUCACACGUUGACUAACCCUGAUAGUUCCUUAAAGUGGUACACAUUGCUAAACACUAUUAGCAAGAACUUGUUUUUUCUCGAUGGUGAGCAUAAUUUCGAUAACUUUUGGAGGGAUUUUUACAAUUGUUUGAAAAUAUCCUGAUCUGUAGCAUGAACAAUGUAUGUAAAUAACAACACAAUUUAUGUUUAACUACUGUGGUUUAUUAUGCACAUACUCUCAGGGCACUUUCAAUGUAACUUUUAUAGAUUCGUGCAAUAUGGUGUCAGUAUUAAAAUGGUGAAUUGUUUAAUUAUAGCAUGACAAUUUUUUUGUAAUUUGAAUGAGAAUGGCGAGUCGGUGCAUCGUAUUGAUUCGAGGUUUUAAUUGGAUUGUGUGCAAUAGUUUUAGAAUAUCUUUAUAUACAUUGUUUUCGAGAAACAAAUACCCUAACACAAACGAACAAUUGAUUAUAUAUGCAGAUUGAACCAUUGAUUUGGUGUGAAGAUAGUAGAGUUCGGAUUGACAAAGUUUUAUGAAAUAGUGCUCAGAAAUGCCACGAGGGCCUUAAGUUACAAAUCAAAGAUGUGAUGUGACUAUUCAUUUUGUAAUUGAGCAAUAUUGAGAUAACGAUAACAAACACACCAGAA